CGCCGGCGGUGUCUGCAGGACAUCGGGGUUAUGGUGGAGGACUAUCUUCUACAGUGACGGGUUCCCUGCGUGGCCCUGCGUGGCCUGGCCUCAGUUUCCCACCUAUCGAGUAAAGUUCUGCACGGCGGGUCUACGAGGUCUCUCCCACGCUAAGGUGGCGGCCGCAGCAGGGCCUACAUACAUCAGGGCCAGUGACUGUUUCCUCCUGCUGUCACAGUGCUAAGGAGAAACAAUGCCUUUGGGCAGUCUGCUUGGCCUGCUGAGGCACUGUGGUAUGAGAGCAGCCUUCCCUACACCCCGCCACCUACACACAUCCCCUUGGAGAGCUGACUGCAACAGGGCUUCACUCACUCGACUGCGCCGCCAGGCCUAUGCUCGUCUCUACCCUGUGCUGUUGGUCAAGCAGGACGGCUCUACUAUCCAUAUCCGAUACCGGGAGCCACGGCGCAUGUUAGCGAUGCCCCUAGACCUGGAUGCCCUGUCUCCAGAAGAGCGCAAAGCCCGGUUCCGAAAACGUGAGGCUCAGCUCCAGCAGAAGAGGGAAGAAGAGCCAGAGGUGUUUGACAGUUUUGACACUGAACAGUAUAAACAGUUUUGGACCAAGACCAAGAAGUAACUCUGUCAGGGAGUUCCACCAGGGACAUUUUGUAAGGCUGGAGGGCAUCUGUCUAUUUAGCAUACAUUCUUGAAGCCACGGCCUCCUGCUAUUGUCUUUUGUGUGGAAGCCCUGUCCUGGACCUCACCAUUUCUGAGAAGUAUGUGCCAGGUCAAAGCCAGACUGAAAGGCUUUGCUUUAGGAUCCAUUUAGGUCAGACCUGUGGGGUCGAUUAUUUGUUUGGGCUUUGUUUUUUAAGACAUAGUCUCUGCCUAGUCAGUCUAGAACUCAAUAUGUAAACCAGGCCUGACCUCCUGAGAGCUGGGAUUAAAGGUAUGUGCCAUCAAAGACA